CAGCAGCUUGACAGUCUGAUAUUAAUCUAUUUAUUGUGUCAAUAUGUUACAAUUAGUUGUUUUCUGUUUUUAUAUUUAUUUUUAAGAUUAUAUUGAAUAAGUUCUAACAAAACAUAUCAAACGUUCUUUAAUGUGUUUUUGUGUAGUAUGUUUACUUCAUUAAUAUUCUUAAUUAAUUUAAACAGUGUUAACAAGUUAAUGUUCCUAUAGUUAAAAAAACUUCCUUGUUAAAGAAAAUCAAAUUUGUAUACAAGAUGUUUCAACAAUUACAUAAUGGAGCUGGUUACAUACCUGAAAUGGAGCAGAUUAUUAGCCAGUUGGAACGAGGCACAUUGGUGACAAAAUUUUUGUUUAGAAAAAGGCCAGAAAGUAAGACUUUGGCCAUAAGAAGGGAAACGAGGCAGCUAAUUUGGACUAGGACUACGUCAAACAUAUCAAGGUCUAAUUUUGAAGGUACAAUAGAUUUAACUGAAAUCAAAGAAGUAAGAUUAGGUAAAAACUCGAAAGACUUUGAAAAAUGGCCUGACGAAGCCAGAUCGAAGGAAGCCAAAAAAUGUUUCGUCGUAUUUUACGGAAACGAGUUUAAAUUAAGAGUUUUAAGUAUUGCAGCCUUAUCUGAAGAAGAACGAAAAUUUUGGGUAAAGGGAUUGAACUAUUUAGUGAAGGAUACUGUAAACGCAUCAUAUCCUUUGCAAGUCCAGAGUUGGCUUAGGAGGGAGUUUUACGAAAUGGAAGGUCAACGAGAAACGAUAAACUUGAGAGAUGUGAAGUUAUUUUUAUGUAGAGUUAAUUAUAAGAUUCCUACAAGUAGACUGAGAGAAAUUUUUAACGAAGUCGACACGAGAAGACGCACUGAAAUUGGUUUUGACGACUUCAGUAUUUUAUACCAAAAAUUGAUCUUAGAUGAAAACAAUGUGAUAAAUAUUUUUGAUAAAAUCCAACAGUAUUCGUCGACUUUACAAAAUGUCAGCUUUCAAGAACUUCAGAGAUUUUUGAAGGACGAACAAAAAGACGAUUUGGGAAACGAUAGAGAGGCGAUUAGAAAUUUUAUUUGUGAUUUUUUGAGGGAUCCACAAAGGGACAUUCAGGAGCCAUAUUUCACCGUGUCCGAAUUUCUAGAUUUUCUAUUUUCCAAACAAAACGAUUUGUGGGAUUCACAGAAAAAUGUGGUUUAUCAGGAUAUGACGCGUCCAAUGAGUCAUUACUGGAUCGCAUCGUCUCAUAACACAUAUUUGACUGGUGAUCAAUUUUCAUCUGAUUCGUCAGUUGAAGCGUACGCUCGGUGUUUGCGCAUGGGCUGUCGCUGUAUAGAGCUGGAUUGUUGGGACGGGCAAGACUGUAAUCCAUCCAUCUUCCACGGACAUACACUAACGACAAAAAUCAAAUUCAUCGACGUGAUACGCACUAUUCACGAGCACGCUUUUGUCACUUCGGACUAUCCGGUUAUACUGUCUAUUGAAGACAAUUGUUCCUUACCGCAACAGAGAAAAAUGGCUAAUAAUUUACAGGAAGUAUUUGGUGACAUGCUAUUAACUCGACCCUUCGACAAAAACGAAUCCGAACUCCCAUCGCCCUUCAACCUUCGCCGUAAAAUCAUCCUCAAACACAAGAAACUUCCAGAAGGUCAAGAAGAUUGUUCUUCCUUCCUAACAAAAAGCGAACCUUCUGACACUAUGGAUCUCAGGAGUGCUGUAAGAACCGGUGUUAUGUAUCUGGAAGAUCCAGUCGAAAAGGAAUGGACUCCACAUUUUUUUGUUUUGAGUCCAAAUAAAUUAUUUUAUACCAGUCAUUUUAAGCAAGAUGGAGAUGUAUCAGAGAAGGAUGAAGAUGAAGAUGAUAAUAAUUCGUUUUCAAGGCCAAAUGGAACAAUUCCAAAUGAGGAACUUCAUUUUAGCGAAAAAUGGUUUCACGGCCGAUUGGCUAGAGGUAGAGAAGAGGCAGAACAAUUGUUGAAGGAGUAUUCUUAUUUAGGCGAUGGUACGUUUUUGGUGAGAGCCAGCGUCACAUUCGUCGGCGAAUAUUGCCUCUCAUUCUGGCGAAGCGGACAAGUCAACCAUUGCAGAAUCCGGUCCAAACAGGACAGGCUACAGAAGAGGUAUUUCCUUAUCGAUGGUCGAUACUUUGACAGCUUGUACAGCCUCAUCACACACUACAGAACGGCUCCGUUAGUCACUGCCGAAUUUUCCAUUACUUUGCAAGAACCCGUUCCUCAGCCCAAUUUACACGAAAACGAAGAAUGGUACCAUAAAUCUACCACCAAGCAACAAGCGGAAGAAGUCCUUAAGAGAAAUAAAACGGAAGGUGCCUUUUUGGUUCGGCCGAGUGAAAAUGAUACGAAUUGUUACACAAUCAGCUUUAGGGCUGAUAGGAAAAUUAAGCAUUGCCGUAUAAAACUAGAAGGUCGUCUCUACACCAUAGGCAGCGUUGAAUUCGAAAGCCUGGUUGAACUGAUCAAUUAUUAUGAAAACCAUCCUCUAUACAGAAGAGUUCAACUAAGUCAUCCUGUCAAAGAAGAAUCUGUCAAGUUGCUGUCAUUGGAACAAGAUGAGGGUGCUGUGUAUAAUCAUACGCCAUCGUAUAUGGACCCUUCGGCGUUUGCACCAAAAAUUACUGUUAAGGCGAGGUACGAUUACAAGGCUCAGAUGCCGGACGAACUGUCAUUCUGUCGUCACGCCAUCAUCACAAAUGUCACCAAGCCCCCCGACAAUCCCGAAUGGUGGAAGGGUGACUAUGGAGGAGCCAAACAAUUUUAUUUUCCUGCAGCAUACGUGGAAGAGAUAGAGGUUGCUGGACCGAGUCAAGAAGAUGAUGGGAGUGUCGUUCAGGGUUCUCUAGACAUGAAUGGUGCAGUUGUUGAUUUGCUACGUUGUGAAGAACGUCCUGGUUUUGAAUGUGUUCUACGAAUUACCACUUCAACAGCUCUUACUGCCUUUGAUAUUGCUGUUCCGUCCGAAUUUGCAAACGAAUGGUUGUUGGACAUCAAGAAAGUUACCCAGAAGGCCACCCAGCAAGAAAUUCAACACAGAGAAAUGGAACGAACCUACCGCAUCGCCAAAGAAUUGUCCAACAUCAUUAUUUACUGUCGUUCGAUCUCAUUCAAUCUGGAUAGAGCCAGACAAGGGUUCGUAUUUUAUGAGAUGUCAUCAUUUCCGGAGACCAAAGCAGAGAAGUUGAUGUGUCAAGUGGAAAAGGCGUUCUUUUUGAAGUACCAUCAGGUACAAUUUUCGAGAAUCUAUCCGAAUGGUUUGAGAAUCGAUUCUUCCAACUACAACCCGAUAAAUAUGUGGAACUGCGGAUCUCAAAUGGUAGCUUUAAAUUAUCAAACCGGUGACAAACCGAUGCAGUUGAAUCAGGCAAAGUUUCGAGACAAUGGAGCCUGCGGUUAUUUGCUCAAACCAGAGUUCAUGUACAGGGAUGAUUUUGAUCCAAACGAUAAAAAUACGCUUCCAGGCGUCCAUCCUCUCACUGUUUCUAUCAAGAUCAUUGCAGGAAGACAUCUUUGCAGGUCGAAAAAAGGCAUGGCAAGUCCUACAGUAGAAGUGGAGAUAAUCGGAGCUUCUUUUGACUCGGGCAUCAAACACACCACCAAAAAAAUAUCAGACAACGGUUUUUGUCCAAUAUGGCGCGACGAAUGUUGCGAAUUUACCGUCUACAAUCCCCAUUUUGCUCUCUUACGUUUUUCCGUUCAAGACGAGGACGUGUUUGGAGACUCGAAUUUCAUUGGCCAGGCCACCUAUCCAAUUACCUGUAUUAGAGAAGGAUACAGAAGCGUUUGGCUGAAGAACUCCUACAGUGAAGAUCUCGAAUUAGCAUCGCUUCUAGUGCACGUUCGGACGAGAAGUGGAAUGGAGAAGAAUGGAGUUGCGUGAUGAUAAAAGAGGGUAAAGUAACCCAUUUGACAUAUAAAAUACCGUGCGAUCGAAUGAAAAUGAUGUCAAAGUGAUCAUUUGAAAUAACAUUUGAGUCCUAACUUUACUAUUUAUUUUAAUAUCAAUAUAUCAAUACUUCGAUUGUUAUCUAUAUAUCGAUAGUUAUCAAUAUCUAAUACUUUUGGAAAUGCUAUCAAUACAUCGAUAGGUCACGAUAUAUCGGUAGGUAGCGCUAUAUCAAUAAGUAUCGAUGUUUCAAUAUAUCGAUAAUUUUAAAGCUAGCUAUUGUUAUCCGAUAUAUCGAUAACUCUCGACAUUAAUUUAUUGAUAUAUCGGAAAAAAUUCUAUCCCUAGUCAUUACAUAUUGAUCGCACUGUAUUAAAGGAAAGCUCAACAUAAGACAGAGAAUCUUUAAGUACUUUAAGAGAUUUUAGAGCUAAAUUAAUGCAUCUUUUAUAUCUGUAAAAAAUACAUAUCCAUGUUAAUCACAGCAUAUCAUGAACAAAUAUUUUGUCUCGAAUUUAUAUCAUCCGAUAUUUUCUUUUCAUAAUAAUCAAAAAUUACAUUUAUUUGUAAAAUAAUGAAUAUAUAAACCCUUUUUAAGCAUACUGUAUAUUUCAAAUGAAAGAAACAAAUGUUUUUUUAUGGCAUUACAAAAAACAAAUACAGAGUAUUGAAUGCAAAAACAUAUGGCAUCUUUCAUCGGGUCAUCGGGUGAUUUCAUCACGUAAAAAUAAGAUUUAUUUGGAUUUUUUCAGAUUUAUUUAUUACAUCAACAUCGGUCCGAUUCUGCUUUAUUUCGUAGCUGCAGGGGGUUGAAGUUUCUUUUUUUUUAUUUACUAAAGUUUUCUUCCUAGUGUUUUUAGCGAUUCGAUUGAAAUUUUAGGAAAUUUACUAUAAGGUACUAUUAUUAGGAAAUUUACUAUAAGUGCGACAUAUUUUAAUGACUAAAAAGUCGACAAAUUCCCCAGUAACGUGCAUAUUAGGUUUUUUUUCACUUUAUAAUCUGAAAAAAGGUAGGUAGAUACCUAAGUAUUUCGUCUUAGAAAAUACCUUACCACAAUAUUCUUUUCAAAUAGUAGAUACCGAGAUAUGAUUUUUCUGUGUAAUAAGGAAAAAAA